CCUACGGGCUAUACCCAAAUCGGUGAACACGAUUUGGCCCCCAAACUGUUUCUUGCUAUAAGAUAUGCCUCGUACUCCUGGCUAUUCAAUGCUUUGAAUGCUAAUCUCCAGAUAUUGAAUUUCUGCAACAUGCCUCGUUUACCCACCGCAAAAGAACUGAACCUCUUCGACGAGGAGGUCCCUGAGGGUAUGGCUCUUUCCUGCAUGCCCCCCGCCCAGGAACACUACGAGGAUCCCUUCUGGUACGACUCCGGUGGCAGAAAUCCCUUUCAUCGCAAACGCGUACACAGAAUGAUAGCUGGCGAAGAGCGUAAAACCAAAAUCCGCGAAAUCAUCGAGGAAUUCCCUCGAUAUGGACCAGCGAUGUAUGAGUGGGCAGUCGAUGAGAACGAUCCCACUCUUGUCGCGGAGCUAUUCGAGCUGGGUGUAUCUACAGAUAUAAAGGAGGCGAAAAAGAAAGAUGAGAGCAAGGGUGGCGAAGACGAUUUGGAUGUAGACGAAGAUCAGUCAUAUCCUCAACUCGAGAUGAUGUCUGCUUUCCAUAAUGCAGCAUUCGAUGGCAAGAUGGAAUGUGUUAAAAUAUUCGUCGAGGUCGGCCAUAUAGACAUCAACGAGAAAGAUGACAGAGAUACGACACCUUUGACAAAUGCACUAUUAGGCGGACACGAGGAAAUUGUUGAUUGGCUUUUCGACCACGGCGCCAACAUAACGUUUGAAGCGGAGGUAAUUGAUGAUAUGCAGGCUGCCGUACGGUCCUGUAAAGUGGCGAUAGUAAAAAAGCUGCUCGAGCACCCACAGUCGGUCAAAGCAAAGUUGCAAAUCGAAACCUCGCAUCUGCUCUACGCUGCAGCAUCAAAUAAUGACCCGCUAGAUAUGGUUCGAUUUGUUCUUGAAUCUAGCUGCUUCGGGUCUCCCGUCACUCGGUCCCAGACGGAUGCAAUCAUGGAAAGUCUGUAUGCCGCUGUGGCACAUGGAUCAAUUGAGACACUUCGACUCAUGCUUCCUUUCGUAACGAAGCAGAAAGAAGACGGAUCCUUUGAGUAUGUUGAGCUGUCAGACAGCCAUCUAUCCGAGGUCUUCAAUGCCACCGAAGAUGCCAUGAAAGAGCAGGAUAUCCCCGAAUUAUUUAAGCUCGUCUGGGAAACCUUACUAUGUGGGCCAAACACGAUCACAAACAUCCACAACGAGACCGUCGUCACGACAGAAGACAGAUUAAACCGUCGGCUAAUAUCUGCAUGUGCAGAAGGCUGUCCAGAAACCUGUAGACUUCUUGUUGAUCAGUACGGUGCAGACAUCCAUCACAUAAGCCACAAAUACUCUACCACCCCACUUUCGCGAGCGACCGGGUCGUCCGCAAAUCCGCUUGAGAGACGAUUACCAGUAGCCCGCUAUCUUCUUGAAGAAAAGCACGCAAACAUUCAUCUGGCUGACGGGGAAUAUGCAAACAGUGCUACGCCACUUGCAGUGUUUCUGAAAUCUGGAGCUAGAGGUCAACACGAGAUGGUCAAGCUGGUGCUCAAGAACGGUGGACCGUUAGAAGAGAUCGGCGGUGAUGUAUCGAAAGUACUAGAGGACGCUGAGGCGGGGGCGACGGUCAAAUUGCAUCUUGUUUUGUACAAGGGUCCUAGAGAACCUGUCAAGCUCAUGACCGAGGCGCAGCCGGAUGGCGAAAAUCAGACUGAGAUUGAAGCUAGCAAGGAAUAUUGGCAGACAUGGCUAGGAUCUAUCCAAAUCAGGAAGCCGGACGAGGUACUUGCUAGGGAGGAUCCGAAAAGCCGUCCAUUGGAAUGA